AUGGAGAAGAUGGGAGUAGUGAGAACGAUAUGCCGGGCAGCCUGUUUUAGAUCUUCACGUUUUUCUGCUAUUAGCCAUAACCAGCUCCGUCACCACAUGGCUUCUCGAUCUCUUUUCACUGUAUCUUCGCCUUCAGUUUCAAUCACUCCCAAACGCAUUCCUUGCGAUUUCAGGUCUCCUUUUGCAAUGAGUGUUGGAAGUCCACGAUGUUUUAGUGAGGACGUAACUCACUUUCCUGACAUUAAAGAUCCUGAAAUUUUAAAUGUUUUCAAGGACUUGAUGGCUAUGAAUUGGGAUGAGCUUCCUAAUGUAGUUGUCAGUGAUGCCAAGAAAGCAUUGUCUAAAAACACUAAUGAUAAAGCUGGCCAGGAGAUCUUGAAGAAUGUUUUCCGUGCAGCUGAAGCUGUUGAAGAAUUUGGUGGGAAGAUCAUGACUCUGAAAAUGGAACUUGAUGACAGCAUUGGAAUGAGUGGCGAGGAUGUAAAACCUUUGCCGGAAGAGCAUGCUAAUGCCAUUCGUACUUUUUAUCAACGGUAUGCUGCAUAUUUGGAUUCAUUUGGGCCUGACGAAGGUUACUUGAGGAAGAAAGUAGAGACAGAGUUGGGAUCAAUGAUGAUAUACUUAAAGAUGAGAUGCAGUGGCCUUGAAGCGGAGUGGGGGAAGGUUACCGUUCUAGGCACUUCUGGGCUUGCUGGCUCUUAUGUUGAGCAAAGAGCUUAG